UUUUUUUUUUUUUUUUUUUUUGGUUACUGGAUGAGAGUUUUUUGUAUUGCAACAUUUGUUAUUGCUUUUAAUAGUGUCGGUUGCCACGUUAUCGGACUUGGAAAGCGACAACAGGAUGAUGCUAUAGCUACCCCGGGUAUUUCUGAAUUACGCCCACUUCCAUGGGGAAAAGUAAACUUUAUCCAUACUACGGAUACGCACGGUACGUUAAAGGGUCACUUGCUUGAAGGUGCUUAUAAUGGUGAUUUAGGAGACUUUUAUUCAUUUACGAUGAGAAUGAAACAAAAGGCUCGUCAUUUACAAAGGGAUUUAUUUAUUGUCGAUACGGGUGAUACACACGAUGGAAAUGGUCUCAGUGAUGUAACGUCACCCAGGGGAAAAUUGUCCCAACCCUUGCUUACACACAUACCUUAUGAUAUUUUGACUAUCGGAAACCAUGAGCUUUACGUAAAUGAUGUCACUCAGGAUGUGGUAGAAAACUUCAGACCACAUUGGAAGGAUCGCUAUCUGACCUCCAAUGUCUAUUUUAAGGAUUUGAACAAUAACAGAACCGUGUCAAUUGGUGAAAAGUAUACCUACUUUGAAGGCGAAUUCGGUACACGAGUUCUGGCAUAUGGAUUCUUAUUCGACUUUAGAAGUCAUGGAAAUAGGUCGGUCGUAGAAACAGUCCGACAUGAAAUUGAGCAAGAUUGGUUUCUGGAUUCUUUAACAGCUCAUGAGCCGGAUAUUAUUACUUUGAUCGGUCAUAUUGGUCUUCGGUUUAAUGAAUUCUAUAUCUUAAUCGAUGCUAUCCGAAAAGUGUAUCCAACUAUCCCCAUCGCUAUUUUGGGCGGGCACACGCACAUUCGAGAUUCUGUAAAAUAUGAUCCUUGGGCCGCAGGUAUAGAAUCCGGAAGAUAUUUCGAGACCGUCGGAUUCUUUUCAAUGGACGAUUUUUCAAAGGACAAUGUCACUUUUGCCAGACGUUAUCUUGAUCAAAAUAGACAAACCUAUAUAUAUCAUUCAGUCAAUAAUAAUGAAACUGAGUUUGACACUGAAGUUGGACGCAAUAUUACAAACACUAUUUUUGACCUUCGCAAGGAAAACAGCUUGUCUACUAUCUUGGGUUAUGCACCGCAAGAUUAUUAUUUAACUGCGGCUGACCCAAAAACCAAUUCAAGCGUAUUUCAUUUGAUUAUGCAAGGUAUGAUUCAUAUAUUUAUAAGGAUUAGAAUGUCAACUUUGUCACUAAAAUACUAUUCUAAAGAGGUAUUACCGAAAAUUGUGGCCAAAGAGGACUUAAAGAACCCACCUUACUUCCUAUUGAAUUCGGGUGGUGUUCGCUACGAUGUUUACAAGGGGGCAUUUUCCAAGGACAACAUGUACCAACUGUCGCCCUUUGAAGACGAGUUUUUCUGCAUUGAAAAUGUGCCACGUGACAUUGUUCUGAGACUAUUGCCUAUUUUAAAUAAGGAAGGUGAGGCAUUGAAGAAACGAGGCGUGUGGCCUUACAAUGAGAGGGUUUCACAAGAUCAGCAAGCGUAUCUUCAUCAACAAGAAGUGCGUACGCCUGGAUAUGCUACCACAGACGAUUUUGGAACCGAUGGCGAUGAUACGGUUCAUGUUCCAAUCCCGUAUUUUGACUUGCCUGCAUUUGUAGCCAAUGAUGUGCCUUCUACGGCAUUCAUUGAUAUUAUCUAUGCAGAUUUCAUUGACUCUCAAUUACAAGACUUGUUGUUCCAGCUUUCACACAAGAACUGGACCGUGAUUAAGCCGUAUGGUAAUGUAACCAGCAGUACAAUCUCAAAAGACACACCUGGUGUCGGAAAGAGAUCUUUAAAGGCACCUCAACUCCGAGAUGCUGCUAAACAAAAUGCAGAAAUAAAGCAAGCUUCAGGCACGAUUCGUGUCGGACUCAUGCUUAUCGGUAUUGUCAUUGCCGCAGUUGCUUAUGCCUUUCCCAACUUGUCUUCCAUUCUUAAUGGCGAAAAGAUUGUUGAUCAAUCUUCAUGUCAAAAGUACGCCUUAAUGAUUGACGCCGGUUCAACAGGAUCGCGUAUUCAUGUGUAUCGAUUUCACCAAUGCACACAUCUGGAGCCCGUAAGAUUAGAAGAGGAGGAACUUUUCGCACAGACCAUUCCCGGUUUAUCCGCCUACCCCGACAACCCACAACAAGCUGCGGAAUCACUUGACGUUUUAUUGAAAGAAGCCCAAGCGCUCGUCCCAGUGCAACUUCAAAAAAGGACACCGAUUGCUGUCAAGGCAACCGCUGGUUUACGUCUCUUGGGCCAAACCAAGGGACAAGAUAUUUUGGAUGCAGUGCGUCAUCAUCUCGAGACCCAUUACCCUUUCCCUAUCGUCGGUGGUAAAGAGGGUGUAGCUAUUAUGGAUGGUCGUGAUGAAGGUGUCUUUGCUUGGAUCACCGUGAACUUUUUGUUGGGCAAUUUUGACCCUUCCCCUAUCUCUCGUCCUACAGCUGCCGUACUGGAUUUAGGUGGCGGAUCGACUCAAAUCGUGUUUGAACCUGAUCUUUUAGAAGACGGUACUUUACCCCCACUUCCCGAUAACGAUUUUAAGUAUGUUUUGAACCAUGAAGGUCGAGAUUACCUGUUGUAUCAACAUUCCUAUCUUGGUUAUGGCUUGAUGGAAGCCCGUAAACGUAUUCAUCAACAGGUUUUAGAUCAAGCUUUGGAGGAUGACUUAUCACAUGCUUGCUUGCCUCGUGGUCUUGCCUGGGAUUACACCAAAGGCACGGACCCUGUCCAAUUUCUCGGUGCUGGUAGUUUCUCUGACUGCUUGGGCGUAGCCGAUCUCAUGUUAAACAAACACAAGGAAUGUGAUUUCUCACCUUGUUCCUUUGACGGCAUUUACCAACCUCCCAUUGCCGACACUUUCACGAAGGGACCCAUCUAUAUCUUUUCUUAUUUCCAUGACCGUACCAUUCCUCUUGGUUUACCCGCCUCUUUUCGACUUCCGGAACUGGCCCAAUUGACAGAAUCGAUUUGUUCAGGUGCCUAUCUGGAAAAUGUGACGGAUAUUGCAUUGAAGGAUGAGUUAUUGGAUCGUCCUGAAUGGUGUCUUGAUCUCUCGUUUAUCUACCGAUUACUCUCCUUUGGUUAUGAGAUUCCCGAUGAUCGUGAAUUAACUGUGGCUAAAAAAAUUGAUGGUGUGGAGACAGGAUGGUGUUUGGGUGCUGCCAUUGCUAUCUUGGGUGAUAAUUCUCUUCGGGACUUGACAUAAGCUUUUAUAUAUACCAACGAUUUUUUUUUUUUUUUUUUUAAUAUAUAUAUAUAUUUUUAUAUAUAAAAAAAAACUCCAAACUUACAAAACAUA